AUGAACGCUGACAAACUCUCCAAGCUCCAAGCUCAAGUCCGUAUUGGUGGUAAGGGUACUCCCCGUCGUAAGGUCAAGAGAACCACCGGUAACACCUCUUCUGGUGAUGACCGUAAGCUCUCUGCUGCCCUCACCAAGUUGAAUGUUCAACCUAUCCCUGGUGUUGAUGAAGUCAACAUGUUCAAGGAAGAUGGUUCCGUCAUUCACUUUGCCAACCCUCGUGUUUCCGCUGCUGCCAAUGCCAACACUUUCGCUAUCCACGGUCGUUCUCAACAAAAGGAAUUGACUGAACUCAUUCCCAACAUCUUGAACCAAUUGGGUCCUGACUCCAUGGCUGCCCUCAAGAAGCUCGCUGAAACUUUCCAACAAGCUCAAGGUGAAAACGCCGCUGGUGCUGAUGAUGAUGAAAUCCCUGACUUGGUUGAAAGCUUCGAUAAGGCCGAAGUUGAAGACAAGAAGGAAGAAAAGAAGGAAGAAUCUGCUUAA